AUGGGUAGAGGGAAUAAAGAAAAAAAAAGAGAAAAAAGCAAAAAUUCCUUAAAAUUAACAUAUAAAAAAAAAAAAAAAAAUUUAGGUGGGAAUAGCAAAAGUGAAGAUAACGAUAUUGAUAAUAUAAAUAGUGAAACUAAUGAACAGUUCUCAGAUUUAUUAAACGAAAAUAACACUAAAAAAAAUAUAACAGACAAUGAUGAAUUGAUUUAUGAAAAUAAGGUAGAAAAUUGUUCAAAUAAUAGUUCGACUUUCAACUUGUAUUCAGAUAAAGUGGAAUAUUCGGAUUCUCAUAACACAAAUUUAGUAAACAAUAAUUUAAUACUAUCAAAUAUGAAAGAGGAUAUAUUGAGUGAAUUGCAUGAUAAAAAAGAUAAGAAAUCAAACAAAGAAAAGAAGAAAAAUGAAAAAAAUAAAAUUAAUAAAAAAGAAGAAAUAAAUAUAAAAGAAAAUAAAAUUACAGAAUUUAAACUAAAAGAUGUUAGUGAUUUGGAUAGUAAUAAUGAAGGUGAUGAGGAUAAAAAUAUAAACUAUAAAAAUAAAGCAUAUCUAUCAGAAGAUAAAAGUAAAGAAGAUAACGAAGACAAGAAUAAAGAAAAUAAUAAUACAAAAAACAAAAAUGGAGAUCAUAUUAUAAAAGAUCAUAUCAAAAAUAAUUCAUGUUAUGAUAAUAACUAUAACAAUAAUGCAGAUAAUGACAUUUUAAAUUAUGAUAAUUCAAUUAAUAACAAUAAGGUAAAUUAUGAAACUGAAAACAUCCUAUAUAAUGAUGAUAAUAAAAUAGGAAAAAUAGAAUCAAAAAAAUAUAUAAAAUUAGAUAGUAACAAAAAUAUUGACAAAACUAAAAAUGAUACUAAAAAUGAAGUAAUUCUUAAUAAUGAAACUAAUGUAGAUAACUUAAAAUAUAAAAAGAAUAAGAAGAUUGUAAAAACAAAUGAUACCAUUAUCAAAUCUAAGAUAAAUUUAACAAACAUAAAUAACAAUGAUUUUAGUUCUACAGAUGAAAAAAAUUCUUUAGAAAACAAUAAAUUCACGAUAGUAAAAACCUUAAAUCACUAUUAUAAUAGUGAUAAUAAUGCUAAUAAUAAUAAUAAUAAUAAUAAUACUAAUAAUAAUAGUAUUAAUAUUAAUAAUAAUAAUAGUAAUAGUGAUAAUAAUAAUAUUAAUGAUAGUAAUAAUAAUCCUAAUAAUACUAAUACUACUACUAUUACUUCUACUACUAGUACUACUACCAAUAAUAAUAAUACUAAUAAUACUAAUAAUAAUAAUACUAAUAAUAAUAAUACUAAUAAUACUAAUAAUAAUACUAAUACUAAUACUAAUAAUACUAACAAUAAUACUAAUACUAAUAAUAAUAAUACUAAUAAUACUACUACUACUACUACUACUACUACUAAUAAUAAUAAUAAUAAUAAUAAUAAUAAUAAUAAUAAUAAUGAUAAUAAUAAUAAUAAUAAUGAUAAUAAUAAUAAUAAUAAUGAUAAUGACAAUAAUGAUAAUAAUAAUAAUAAUAAUAAUGUGAAUAAUAGUAAUAGUAAUAAUAUUAAUAAUAAUAAUGGUAAUGAUAACGAUAAUGAUAAUAAUAAUAAUGUUAAUAAAUUAUAUAUCAAUAUGGAAAAUAAGAAAAAUAAAGAUAAAGAAAAUAAUAUUAUAAAUAACGCAAAAAAAGUUAAAGAAGCAAAUAAAAAAAAAAAUAUAGAAAAAGAAAUGAAUAAGGAAGAUAUUCAUAAUAAGAAAGGAAAAGAAAAAGAAACAAACAGAGAAGAAUUUUUUAACAAGAAAAGUACAAAAGAGGAAAUAAGUAAAAGAAAAAAUGAAAAAGAAGAGAUAAUUAAAAAAAAACAAGAUGAAAAAGAAAUGAAUAAUGAAGAGGAUGAAAAUAAAGAAAAAAUGAUACCUAAAGAACAGUUGAAUAAAGAAGAAACUAAUAAAAGAGAAAUAGAUAAUGAAGAAAUAUAUAAUAAAGAAGAAAUAACUGAGAAAAAUAAAAUAAAUAAUAAUAAAGAAAUAGAUGAUAAAAAGGGUGAAGAAAAUUUAACAUUAGAAGAAAUAUUAUAUGAGACAACAGAAAGAUCAAAAAGGUAUAAUAGAAAUAAUUAUGGACUAUUAGGAAUAUUAAAGGUUAUUAAAAUGACAGAUCCUCAUUUAAAUAUAUUAGCUUUAGGAACAGAUUUAACAACUUUAGGAUUAAAUUUAAAUUCUCCUGAUUUUCUUUUUUCAUCUUUUUCAUCACCUUUAUCUGAUGAUCCCACUAAUAAAGACGAUUAUUUCAUAAAACCAAAUUCCUAUUUAAAUACUCAAUUCCAAAUCCGUUUAUCUUUAUUGUUAAAAUUACAAACGGAAACAUUAUUUUAUAUUUUUUAUAAUUUACCAAGAGAUGUACUACAAGCUUAUGCAGCUUCAGAACUUUACAUAAGAAAAUGGUUAUAUCAUAUUAUUUAUAAAAAAUGGUUUACACCUAAUAAUUCCUCUAAUUAUACGAACUUAGAAAAAUGUUCAUCAUGGGUAUAUUUUGAUCCACUUACAUGGUCAAAGAAAACAUAUGAUGAUUUUUUGAAUAUAGGAGAUAUAAUGAAUGUAGAAGAUGUUACUAAAUGUAUUGAACAUAUAAUUAAAUUACAAUCUUAUUAUAACAUUAACCAAUCAAAUAAUAACAAAAAUAUUGAAUCAAACAUAAACAAUAAUAAAAUAAGCAACAAAAUUUCAAGUAACUCUUAUAAUGAAAUAAAAAAUUAA